AUGCGUGGUCUUCUUCUUGCUGGCCUCGUGGCCCUUCCUGCCUCUGUGCUUGCCCAUCCUUCCCCUGCUGGACAUGGAAUUCAGCGGCGUGCAGUUGAUCUGAACGCCUUCCGUCUUAAGACUUCGGCCACCUACGCCGACGCUACCGAGACCGCGAAUGAUCCCGCGCUCAGCUUCACUUCUUUGGAGAAACAGAGCUAUGUGGAUACCGCAACCCAGUUCGUCAAGGCAAUUGCCCCUGGCCUGACAUUCCGCGUGGUCGAUGACCACUAUGUUGGUGACAAUGAAAUCGCCCAUGUCAACUUCCGUCAAACCGCCAAUGGUCUGGAUAUCGACAAUGCUGAUUUCAACGUCAACGUUGGAAAAGAUGGAAAGAUCUUCUCUCACGGAAACUCUUUCUUCAAGGGCAAGAUUCCCGAUGCGAGCUCCUUGACCAAGCGUGAUUUCUCCGACCCCACUGUUGCUCUCAAGGGCACGAUGGAGACCCUGAAGCUCUCUCUGGGUAUUGAGAAGGCCUCGAUCAAGCCCACCGAUGGUGAAAAGGAGAGCUAUGUCUUCAAUGGCGUCUCGGGCACCGUUUCCGAUCCCAAGGCGAAGCUUGUUUAUUUCGCCAAGCCGGAUGGAACCCUCGCUUUGACCUGGAGAGUCGAGACCGACGUUGACCAUGACUGGCUCUUGACCUACGUCGAUGCUCAGAGCGGCAAGGAGGUCCAUGGUGUGGUGAACUAUGUUGCCGAGGCCGACUACAAAGUCUACCCUUGGGGCCUCAAUGACCCAACUGAGGGAUCGCGCGUCAUGAUCAAGGAUCCUUGGGACACUGUUGCGUCCGAGUUCACCUGGAACAGCGAUGGCACCAAGAAAUACCCUACCACUCGCGGCAACAACGGCAUUGCUCAGUCCAACCCUUCGGGAGAAGACGACUAUAUCAACAACCAUCGUCCUCGGAGCUCCAACCUCUCGUUCAAUUAUCCCUAUUCCCCUAGCUCAUCGCCUCCCUCGUCGUACAUUGAUGCCUCGAUCGUCCAGCUCUUCUACACCGCCAACAUGUAUCAUGACCUGCUGUACACCCUGGGCUUCACUGAGAAGACGGGUAACUUUGAGUUCAACAACAACGGACAGGGCGGCCGUGGAAACGACUAUGUGAUCCUGAACUCGCAGGACGGCUCGGGCACCAACAACGCCAACUUCGCCACUCCCCCCGAUGGCCAGCCAGGCCGUAUGCGCAUGUACACCUGGACUAAGUCUCAGCCCUACAGAGAUGGUUCCUUCGAGGCAGGAAUUGUUAUUCACGAGUACACGCACGGUGUCUCCAACCGCUUGACGGGUGGACCGGCCAACUCCAACUGCCUGUCUACCAUCGAAGCUGGCGGUAUGGGAGAGGGCUGGGGCGACUUCAUGGCCACUGCGAUCCGUCUCAAGGCCGCUGAUACGCGCGCGAAGGACUACACCAUGGGUGCAUGGGCUGCUAACGACCCGAAGGGCAUUCGCGAAUACCCUUACUCCACCUCGCUGACCACCAACCCUCUCGCCUACUCCAACGUUGAUGGAGAUGACUCUGUGCAUUCCAUUGGUACUGUCUGGGCUACCAUGCUGUACGAGCUGAUGUGGAACCUGAUCGACAAGCACGGCAAGAACGUCUCUGCCAAGCCUACCAUGAAGGGUGGCGUCCCCACCGAUGGGAAGUAUCUCGCCAUGAAGCUGGUCGUUGAUGGAAUGGCCCUGCAACCCUGCAACCCCAACUUCGUCCAGGCCCGUGAUGCCAUUCUCGACGCAGACAAGGCGCUCACCAAGGGAGCCAACCGGUGUGAGAUCUGGAAGGCCUUCGCUAAACGUGGUCUGGGUUAUGGCGCCAAGUACAAUGAGAACAAGCGCGUCACCAGCAACAAGCUUCCUUCUGGCUGCUAA